AUGCCUUUGUCCGGCCACUGUCUCUGCAAAGCCGUCACCUACACGGUUGACCAAGACGAGCCGCUCAUAACCGCGUACGACCACUGCGACGAUUGUCAGCGUCAGAGUGGAUCAACUUAUUCUCUCGUCGCGGUAGUACUCAAGGACAAAUUAAAGAUCAAUGGACCCAUCAAGAGCUACGCAGGAACUGGAUCUUCAGGCCACCCAGUUCACCGACUUUUCUGUUCGGAGUGUGGCUCCCCUAUUGCCCAUGACCCCGAAGCUGCCCCAGAGAUCAUCGCCCUGAAGGCCGGAACCCUUGAUGUGGAGAUCAAGAAGAACCUGAAGCCUGACACCGAAAUCUGGACCGCCAGCAAGCUUCCAUUCUGCAAGGAGAGCCGCCGCAACUUCCAAAUGUCGUCAGGGACCCUUCAUAUCAUUGACUCUCGGACGAAGCAGAAGUACGAAAUUCCGAUCAGGCGAAAUGUGGUGUUUGCAACUGAUCUCAAGAGUAUCAAGGCACCAGGAGCUGGUACAGACCGAGCAGAUCAUGUGGCUAGUGGGCUGCGGGUGCACGAUCCAGGGCUACAGAAUACAACGGUGAUAGAGUCAGCUAUAAGUUAUUCUGAUCAUGAAAGAGGCGUGCUUCUCUUUCGCGGUUACACCUUGGCCCAGUUAUGGGACAGCGACUUCGAGGACAUGUUGCAUCUACUCGUUUGGGGCACAUAUCCAACACGGCAGCAGAAGCAAGAUCUAAACCGAAAGCUUACACGCCAGAUGCUGACUGUCCCAGAAAGUGUGCAUCGAACAAUCCAAGAACUUCCCCGGACAACAUCUCCAUUGCCGCUGAUCCUGGCUGGGCUCUCGGCUUAUCUGGCGUGCUUUCCAGACACAAUUCCCGCCUCAACACAUGCGAAUCUUUACCAAGGAAACCUGCAUAAUGUCGAUCAUGCGGUUAUCCGAACUGUAGCCGCAUAUGGUGUUAUUUUUGGUCUGGUAAAUAGUCACCGGAAGGGCAUUGAUUUCCAGCCGCCAUCGCCGGAGAAUAGCUUGUGCGAGAAUUUAUUCACUAUGGCUGGGCUGGUGGAUCGGGCUUCCUCGCGCCCAGAUCCAGUUAAGCUGUCGUGUUUCCGGCGCUUUGCCAUGCUGAAUGCCGACCAUGGCAUGGCCCUGGCCGCAUUCGCAACGUUAGUGACAGCAUCCUCCUUGACGGAUCCUAUCUCCUGCUUGAUCAGUGCUGUAGCAGCCGCAUAUGGGCCCCUGCACUUUGGUGCUACUGUGUCUGCCCAGCGUACGCUCCGAGAGAUCGGAAGCACAGGCAAGGUUCCCGAGUUUAUCAAGGAUGUAAAGGCCGGGCGAACGAAGCUCUUUGGAUAUGGACAUCGUUCAUACAAGGGCCAUGAUCCCAGAGUUCGUCCAAUUCAAUCAAUCCUGAAGGACCUGGACUUAUCAUCGAACAAUCAUUUGAAAAUAGCCGAACGCAUAGAGGAAAUAGCCUCAGCGGAUGAGUACUUCCGUCGCAGAAGUCUGUACCCUAAUGCUGACUUUUAUGGUAACUUUGUCUUCACCGCGAUUGGCUUCGACCCAGAUAUGAUUCCAGCUGCUAUGUUGACACAACGCAUAAUAGGGUUAAUGGCCCAUUGGCGGGAAUACAUGUUGACACACGGCAAGCUGUUUCGACCAUCGCACGGAGCCUUGGUAGAAAGGCUACCUACUGAAACCACGCCUCUUUUACAAUCUCAUCCUGGAGCAGAGCGAUAUUCAGUCUUCACUACUAGACAAAAGCGGCUAAUCAUUCUCACAGCAGCCAUAGCGUCGACGUUCUCCCCUAUCUCGGCUAACAUCUACUACCCAGCCCUCAAUUCUAUAGCUACCGAUCUGGAUGUAACCAGUUCCCAAAUCAACUUAACUAUAACCACAUACAUGAUAUGUCAAGACCAAGCAGGCCGCCGCCCAGCCUACAUCAUCUCCCUACAACGCAGUUACCCCAUGCUUCUGGUCCUUCGCGCGGUCCAGAGUAGUGGUAGCAGCGGCACUGUGGCCUUGGCAUCGGCCGUCGCUGCCGAUAUCAUCACCUCCGCCGAACGGGGAACAUACAUGAGCAUUACCUCCCUAGGGAAUAUCCUCGCACCAUCACUAGGGCCUCUCAUAGGUGGUGUCUUGAGCGAGUAUCUAGGAUGGCAAUCGAUAUUCUGGUUCCUCGCAAUGUCAUCCACCAUCUUCUUCAUCCCUCUCGUGCUCUUCUUUCCCGAAACAUGUCGGACCAUUGUCGGAGACGGUUCAAUCCUGGCAUCAAGAUGGAACAAAUCCAUCUUCAAUUGGUGGAUCUCUAAACGUUCCUACAGGAAGCCUAUUGCUACUCCCCCUACCAACCCAGAACCAGUGCUUCAAACACAACCGCCAAAAAGGAAUAUCAGCCCCCUAUCUACGCUUUCCCUUCUCUUCCACCUCCCAACUAGCCUCAUCUUCAUAUCCAACGGCCUUGUCUUUGCAAGCUACUACGCCAUAACAGCCGGUCUACCUUCCCAGCUCAGAUCCAUCUAUGGGCUAAGCGCCGGUACCCUCUUAAGCGCGACAUUCAAUGGGAUCAUCGUAGACUGGAAUUACCGGCGAAUGAUGGCAAACGGCAGAAAGGACAUGGACUACUUUGAUGUCGAGAAGGCUCGAUUGGGAGUUGGGGGGCCGAUAGCUCUCCUAGCGCCCCUCCCGAUCCUCCUUUAUGGCCUCGCAACGUCAACAAUCAACCCGCCACCCCUCGCGCUGACACUAACACUCAUCUUUACUAUCUCCUUCACACUAACAGCCACGUACAACAUCCUAAACAUCCUUCUCGUGGACCUCCACUACACAACACCAGCAACAAUAAUGGCGACAAAUAACCUCGUCCGCUGCUCCCUAGGCGCAGCAGCAACAGCCCUUGUACACCCCUGUAUCCAGCGCUGGGGCGCUAGGGCGACAUAUUGUGGCGUGGCGGUGGUCGUACUGAAAACAAUGUUAUGCAUUCUCUUAUACCUUCUCUGGACUGGUGCAGUAGCUCACAUAAGUCUUCUGCCUCCAGAUAUCGCGAUCUUGCAUUUGCGAUAUCCUGAGACAUCGUGGAUAUAUCCCAGGGAUACGAUUUUGAAAUCUAGAACAGCAGACUUACCCAUAAUAAGCACGCGCGGACUCAAUCCCAAACUGACCUAUGUCCUUCUGUUCUUUGAUCUGGACGUUGUUUACGACAUGAACGCCACAGUCGCACUACACUGGUACCAGCCUGAUCUGUUUUGCGUUAUGCAGAUGGAUAUAUGUCAUGAGAAUCGAAUAUACGAGACAACAGACGGGUAUUCCAAUGGCGGCAUCCUGGUCAACCAGAGCAUGGGAGCCGAAUACAUCGCUCCACGACCACCGCCCUUCUCGCACCAUCGAUAUGUGCAGCUCCUCUUCGUCCAAAAGCCGGAUUUCCAAUUCCCGAAGUGCUAUUCCCACAUCUUCCCGCCGACGGCAGAGGCGAGGGCGGGCUUCGACAUUCACCAGUUCGUAGCCGUCGCUAGGCUUGGUGCGCCAGUGGCAGGGAACUAUUUCGUGGUGGAGUACGAUGGGCCUCACUCGGUCCACGAAGCUGAACUGUAA